AACACAGUCUUUUUCUAGUUUUGGUUGGUGGGUUUCUUUUCAAUUAUAGACUUUGUGGCUUUUCAUGUAUGUGGUCAAUUGGGUUUUUUUGGUCUUUUCUGUUACCACUUUCCGAGAAAAAAAAGGUGGUGGGCUUUAUUCUCUUGACUCACCAAACCUGAGAUAUUUUUGAGUGAGUUCAUAUCAACAAGCUUCUUUUUAGGGUAUUUUGAUUUCAUUUUAUAAGAAUAAUCCUAUGCAAAUUUAGCUUUUUUUUUUUACUAGGUAAGAGUAUUUAUUGAUAUGAUCAAAUUGGGAUUCAUUUUUGAAUGAUUGUUUGAUGAUUAAGGUGUUUUUCUCUCAAUAAUAAUGGUUUAAAUUGAAAUUGUAUGGUGAUCAUCAAGCUUUAGCUAAACCUAAAUUGUUCGUUGGUGAAGGCUUAGGUCUUGAGAGCGUGUUUUCUCAGGUUCGAUUUCCAUUAGGUGCUAACAAUUUUUGUGUUAGGUUAGUCUAUACGGAGCUUUGCUUUGGUUUAGCUAAACCUAUCUGUUUGGAUUACGAUUUUAAAUUGUGGUCUGCAACCGCUAUUGAGGUCGCAAUAUAAAGGGUUUUGAGGUCUUCGGAACUCUAUCACAAUCGCGAUUUCGACUGCAUAGGGAUCUGGUCAACGCAACCGCAAUUUAAAAUCAUGAUUUUGAUAUUGUUAUCGUGUUUAAUUCAUGUGUUCAUUCUUGGAAUAAGCAUUAUUCUUAUUGCAUUAGUAGAUCUUUCUAAGAUUUAGUUUGCCACUUUAUCUCUCAAUUUUUGUGAAUAUGAUAGUUGAAUAUUGCAUUAGUACAUUUUGAUUCCUUUAUAGUUUCAAGUUAUGUAUUUGAAUUCAUUUUAAAUCUUCUAUCUGAAUUAGGCACUCAUUGAAGUGAAGUUGGAAUCGUAAGUAAACCACUUUGCUCAGAUAAUCGACUUGAAGAGGAAGUAACAAUGGUAAGCUUAAGAAGACGCAGACUUUUGGGAUUAUGCUCAGGAAACAAUUCAUUUGUUACUCCACUUCCUCUCUAUUGUGAGAAUCUAGCUCAGAAUCUGGCUCAGUACGAAAAUCCAAGACCGCAUGUUAAUCCUAUUAGCGAACAAUCCGUGGUUUCGGAUAUUGCAAGCGUCUUGAACAGUGUAGGAACACAGAAUUUCCAGAACACCAUUGUGAAAGAUGAAUCGGGAUCAUCAAAUGUAUCCAGUUCUAGCCUGUCUAUAGAGCAGCCUAGUCAACAAAUCACAGGACUACCGGUUAAACGUAGAAAGCAGCAUUCGAGAAAACCGAGAGAGAAUCAAGAAACAUGCUUAAUGAGAGGAGUAUAUUUCAAAAAUAAUAAGUGGCAGGCCGCCAUUAAGGUGGACAAGAAACAGAUCCACCUAGGUACUGUCGAAUCGCAGCAAGAAGCUGCUCGCUUGUAUGACAGGGCCGCUUUCAUGUGUGGGAGGGAGCCAAAUUUCGAGCUUUCCGACGAAGAAAAACUUGAAUUAAGUCAGUUAAAAUGGGAAGAAUUCUUGGCCGUGACACGACAGACAAUAAACUGCAAAAAACACAAGAGAAGUCGCAGAUCGAGACUACUCACUGGAGUCGACGAACCUUCAUCGCAUAGAGUUGAUUGUGACGAUAAGCAAGUAGUGACUGACUUCUCUGUCAGCGAUGAAGCGGAUCAAAAAUUAGUUGCUCCAGAAAAUUUAUGACUUGAAGAGUAAAGUUUCAGUUCUAAGUUCUAACCAUUCAUUCUUUGCAGCCAGAACCAUUUUCAAUUAUAUUAUUCUUAACACAUUCAAAUUGAUACAGCUUAAACCAAUAAGUAGUUUGUAGAAGCAGUUCAUGAAGCUAUUGCAAAGCUAUUUUUUCAUUGUUCAACAUGUAAAGUAGCAUAAGCAUUGUGAAAAAUCUAUGUUUGCAAACUUACAAGCACCAUAAUCUGCAUGCUCACUACUGAUGCAGUCUACAUGACAUGCAUACACAUGACAACCAUAACUAAAUCUUGCAUUCUGUGCAAUUCUGCAAACUCCUGCUUUCACUUCUACACAUAAAAGGAAAAUAAUAAUAUAGAAGAGUAAGAACAUGAACACUAUGUAGAGUUUACUAGAAGAAAAAGUCAUGAUUCUAAAUGUAAAGAAGUUUUCUACUAAAGUUUCCAGCAUAAUGUUUGUGUCAAUGCAUAUAUAUCAUAUA